UUUUGCACAUCGAGAACAACCAAGACUGGAAUGUGUCCGUAUUAUUAUUGUUUAUUUGAUUGUUGAUCCAAAAUCAGGACUUGAUAUUUCAUCAAUAUCAGAGUAUCCAGAUGAAGAAGAAGUUCUUAUGGUUCCAGGUACAUGUUUCAAAGUAACUCAUGUUGAUAAAAGUGGACCAGUAUGUGAAGCUCAUCUUCGACAAUUAGUACCUACUGAUGAAUAG